GUCCGCGGGAAGCCCUGGGGGCGGUGGCUGUCAGGGGCUGCGGGGCGCCGCGCGCCAUGUUCUCGGUGCUGUCGUACGGGCGGCUGGUGGCGCGGGCCGUGCUGGGCGGCCUGUCGCAGACCGACUCGCGCGACUACAGCCUGGUGACGGCCAGCUGCGGCUUCGGCAAGGACUUCCGCAAGGGCAUCCUCAAGAAGGGCGUGUGCUACGGCGACGACGCCUGCUUCGUGGCCCGGCACCGCUGCGCCGACGUGCUGGGGGUAGCAGAUGGCGUAGGAGGCUGGAGAGACUACGGGGUCGACCCUUCUCAGUUCUCAGGGACUCUAAUGCGAACAUGUGAGCGCUUAGUAAAAGAAGGACGGUUCGUACCAAGCAAUCCCGUUGGGAUUCUUACCGCCAGUUACUGUGAGCUACUACAGAACAAAGUCCCUCUGCUUGGAAGCAGUACGGCUUGCAUAGUGGUUCUGGACAGAACAAGUCAUCGUUUACAUACAGCAAAUUUGGGAGAUUCUGGAUUUCUGGUAGUGAGAGGAGGAGAAGUGGUCCAUCGGUCCGAUGAACAACAGCAUUACUUCAACACUCCGUUCCAGCUGUCGAUAGCACCGCCAGAAGCAGAGGGAGUUGUACUAAGUGAUAGCCCAGAUGCUGCUGACAGUACUUCUUUUGAUGUUCAGCUCGGAGACAUUAUUCUGACAGCAACAGAUGGACUUUUUGACAACAUGCCUGACUACAUGAUUCUUCAGGAACUAAAAAAGCUGAAGAACUCGAAUUAUGAGAGCAUACAACAGACUGCGAGAAGCAUUGCUGAGCAAGCUCAUGAACUGGCGUAUGACCCUACUUACAUGUCACCCUUUGCACAGUUUGCCUGUGACAAUGGCUUGAACGUGAGAGGGGGAAAACCAGAUGACAUCACCGUCCUUCUUUCUAUAGUAGCUGAAUAUACAGACUGAAUUAUUUAAGAUGUCAACUUCUGAUACCGUCUUUCUCCCAGAGUUCCUGGCUUCACACGUACUGUUUCCUGCUGGCAGGAUUGCUUUCUUAUGUUGCAGCUGAUCUCAAUGGCCAAUUGUCAAGCCUGUUGCCUGUCUUACAAUGCAGUGUUGAGAUCCUUUUAAGAACCACUACUGUAGUACACUGAUCCAUCUGCCAGCAAGAAAUGAAGAAUUGCAAGGCUUGAAGCAUGCCUUUCAAAACCUAGUAGUUGUUUUCAAGGUGGGGGAAACCAGACCCACGUGGUUACUGCUUUUUAAAUUGUGACUAGUUUCAAAUGAUGAACAUUGGUUGCUCAAAGUUCAAAAUUAGGUAUAAUUGAUUUAAAGUUCCACAAGAGGAUGUGUAUUGCUCUAUCUGCUAGAAACAUCCAUUAUUCAUCCAAGGAUAUGUUAAAAAGCAUACGUUCCUAAACCUAGUCUCGUUACAGUGAUAGCUGAGGAUUUGUGUUUCAAAAACGUUGUUUUCAGGAGGAGGAUAACUGCUGUAAAAGUUUUGGUCUUGGCAUACAUCGUGUCAGCUUGGAGCCUUUUCUAUUGCAGAAUUUCAAAAAAAAACAAGAUUAGUUUAAGCUGUACGGAUGCAUAAGUGUGUUGUGAUUUCAGAUGCUUAACUGUGAUCUUAUCAGUGGAAGCUUUGCAGAUCAUUUGUCCAUAACAAGGCCUAGGCUCUCUGGAUGUUUUGGGCAUGGGUAACUUUUUUUUAAAUCAGAAAGUUGUAGCUUGAACUCACAAAAGCUGCCAGCGCUCAGAGUUGAGGUUAACACAGAUUCUUGCCCUGCCUCUGAGCAGCAUGCGAGAACAUGCCGUAGCUGCUUCCAUCCCUAGGAAAGACAGGUGGUGUUAAGAGCAGGUAGUCCUCAACUUUGAACUUCCUUACUUUUUGUUUGAGAACUCACUACUGCCUAGCUGUCCUUCGUGUUAGUAUGACCAUUCUUGCUUUAUGUAGACUAGAACAUGCUCUACCAAAUUAAGUCGAUCCUUGUUCUGACUCUCAAAAGUGCACCUCUUCGCUUAUGCUGUGGCAGCGGCAGUAAGUACACAAAUGAAAAAUAGUUAAUGAAUAACAA